CAAGUCAUUCGUGAUCGCGAUUUGUUCGUUUGACGUUUGCAUCGUAGAUAAGAAGGGUUUGUCGGUCUCCAACGAUCAUUUGCAAGGGACCUGCACUGAACAAAAUGUUCCUAUUGUUGUGUGCUGGUGUUAUUGGGAUGGCCAUUGCGGCACCAAGCGUACCAUGCGGUGUGCCCACCGUUCAGCCGAUUACCAACCGUAUUGUGGGAGGUCAAGUGGCCAGGCCCGGUUCAUGGCCGUGGGUUGUCCUGCUUGUCGACGACCUUGGAUACAUCUCCGGAAGUGGUGUCAUGAUUGACAGUCACGUUAUCCUCACUUCCGCUCAGCAUUUUGAAGGAUUUGGAUACAAUUUGUUUGACCUUGACCUGCGUCUCUGGAGGGUGUACGCGGGCGAGUACAACAUCUCGACUACGGACCCACACGAGAAGUACUACCACAUAAAGCGUGUUGUCAUCCACCCUGGAUAUAAUAUCACUUCGCUGGAGAACGACAUCGCCCUUGUCAUCACAACUCAACCGAUCCAAUUAAACGAUCACACUCGGCCCGCCUGUCUUCCCGAUCCAUCCACGCAGGCACCCGUGGGUAGCGUCUGCUAUCUACCAGGAUGGGGAGGUACCGCAAAGACCGGAAACGAGGAGGUGAUGAACCAGGUAGACUUGCCCAUCGUCGAUGACAGCAUCUGUCUAAACCACUUCCCGGACUACUUGACCAACACCGAACUGUGCGCUGGAUACGAAAACCAACACAAGGACUGGUGCUGGGAUGACCUUGGAAGCCCGUUGAUGUUCAAGGCCAACAAUGGAGCCUGGGUGAUCCAGGGUCUAGCGUCCUCGGGUGGCAACUGCACUACAGCUGAUGAGCCCAGCGUGUUUGAGGACAUCAACAUGUACACACAGUGGAUCCGAACCACGAUGGAGGACGCCGGAUACCCCUACCAAUACUAGACUUCACGUGAAGACCUACACGCAGAGUUUCUGUAGAUGUUUUUGUGUUGAAAUAUCGUUAUCUGACUAAUAGAAGUUCGUGUUUU